UUUUAUCAAAAUUGGAUUUGUUCUCCAGCGCUCUGCACAGUCAGCAGUGGAGGACAGUGAUCAGAUCUUUACUGAGCUGAUCCGCUCCAUUGAGAGAAGGAGCUCUGAGGUGAAGGAGCUGAUCAGAGCCCAAGAGAAGGCUCAAGUGAGUCAAGCUGAAGGACUCCUGGAGCAACUGAAGCAGGAGAUAGCUGAGCUGAGGAAGAGAAGCACUGAGCUGGAGCAGCUCUCACACACAGAGGAUCACAUCCAUUUCCUCCAGAGUUAUCAGUCUCUCUCCAGUAUCAGUGUAUCUUCAGACUUACCCAGCAUCGUUGUCCGUCCUCUUCAGUCCUUUGGAGAUGUGAGUCAGACUGUGUCUGAACUGAGAGAGAAACUAGAAGACUUCCUUAAAGGAGAAUGGACCAAGAUCUCCACUACAGUGAAUAUAGUGGAUGUUGUACUGCCUCCAGAGCCCAAGACCAGAGAACAGUUGUUACAAUAUUCCUGUCAGCUCACACUGGACCCAAACACAGCAUACACACUCCUCUCUCUGUCUGAAGGGAACAGAAAGGUGACCUAUACACGCCAAGUCCAACCAUAUCCUGACCAUCCAGACAGAUUCACCAACUACAGGCAGGUUCAGUGUAGAGAGGGUCUGUCUGGACGCUGUUAUUGGGAGGUGAAGAGGACUGGUGUUGUUGUUACAGCAGUCUCAUAUAAAGACAUCAGCAGAACAGGGAGAGAUGGUGGAUUUGGACUCAAUAACAAGUCCUGGAGUUUACAGUGCUAUAGAGGUGGUUAUUGUUUCAAACACAAUAAUGUUGUGACUAAAGUAUCAGGCCCUCAGUCCUCCAGAGUAGGAGUGUACCUGGAUCACAAGGCAGGUACUCUGUCCUUCUACAGUGUCUCUGACACAAUGACCCUCCUCCACAGAGUCCAGACCACAUUCACUCAGCCCCUCUAUCCUGGGUUUAGUAUCUCUAUGUUUUUUCUCAAUGGUUUAUAAUGAUACUCUGAGCUG